AUGGGAUUUUUGAGUGGUGUGCUUGAGGAUGUCAGCGAGAAACAGCCUUACAGUGUGGGUAAAACAAUACUAAUAGAGAUUGUUACUGAGCUUAAAAAUAAUUUAUCCACCGGGCGUGAGGGUUUUAAGGUCAUUGAAACGGUGGCGGGGAAGGUGCGGGAGUAUAAUGAGAGUGUUAGAAAACAGAAUGAUUCUGUCAAGAGCAAGAUCACAGACUUGGACAGUCAAAUGAAGAAACUCAAACAAUCGGUGAGUGAAGAUUUAAAACAUAAUUCUGCUGCAGGUGCUGGAAGAAUUGUGCAGGGAUCCGUGGACUCUGCCGACCAAUUGGUGGAGACAUGCCUUAACAACGCAAACAAAUUCAAUAAAUCUUUAGACACUGAAAACGAUGAAAACGUGAGAAACGCGAUUAAUGAUCUUAACUCUAUAGUGCGUGAUAACGUUAAUAAAGCGCGUGCCUGUGUUAAGCUGGAGACGGAGCAGUUCACGGCUCUGUCGAGCAAGCAACAGGAAGAUCGAAAGGUGAUGAGAGAGAAGAUAGAUCGUCUGUUGACAGAUCUGGGAACUUGCGUGAACGAUAAUAUCAAGAAAAAGGUGGCUAGGCUGGUUGAAGAGUUAAGCAAGAAGGUGUUGGAAAUUAAGAGGCAGCUGGAGGAUAUAAAGAAAAAGCUUAUUGAGUAUAUAGGAGAGUUGACGACGUGGAUUGGUCAAGCAGAGCCUUUGAUUACAUCGGCGUUUGGCAAAGUGGAAGAGAUAUUAAAGGAAGUUAAUGAAGGCGAUUCGGAAAAGAAACCUAUGUUAAUUACUUCAGCCAUUGAGCAGAUCAAAGCAGCGGUAGCAAUGCUACACGGCGCCGGUGAGGAAGCUAAAAAGCAGGUCAACGAGAAAGUGACUGCAGCGCUUCAGCAAGUUAAAGAGAUGAAUGAUAAGCUGAAGGAGGAUUUGUAUAAAGUUAAAACGCAAAUUAAAAAUGAAAUAUGGAAUCAUGUGGAGAAGAAUAUUAAAGCGCCGUAUGAUGCUUUGGAAGCGAAAGUUAAGCAGGGGUUAUGGGCGAUUGAGGAGCAGAUUACUCCGAUCCUCACUCCCCUCAAGGACAACUCAGAUAAAUUUUCUAAAAAAUUUGAAGCGACAAAAGGAGCAAUUCAGGAAGCAAUCAGCGACGUGGAAAUCCAGCUUACAAAGCUACAGAAUCUGAAUGUCGCUGACAUCAAUGCUGAAACCAAAUUACUACAGGCUAUAAAAAAAGGCGAUGCGUUUAACUCAGUGAGUGAAUAUUUCACCGCCCUAGACGAGAAAAUCAUGUCGCCAUUGAAGACAGCUAUGGAGGGUAUAAACAAGGCAUUUAAAAAAUUUGCCAAUGGUGCAUUUAAACAUGACAUUGAACCAAGUUUUGAGCAUACCAAAGAGGCCAUUACAAAGCUCCAAGCUGUUGUCACCAAAUCUAGUUCUGUUGUAAACAUCAACACACUUACAGUUGGCGGUAUAAAUGUAAGAUUCGAUGGAAUGAAUCUGGAGUCAAAGUUCUCAGCUGCUUCUGCUGCGAUUCAGAGGGUCGAAAUAGCUUUGAGUCGGAAUAAUAAAAAAGUAUCAAAAGACGAUAUCGAAAAUAUCCUUGAGGCCUUGGGUACCAUAGCGCAAGCCGUUUCUAAGCACUCUGCCGACGUGGUUGUAGCUGUUAUGAACCAGAUUAAAGAAAAAUUGCAGGCUGAAAUAAACAGUGUGGCGAGUGUCAUAAAUGGAAAACUGAAUAGAAUCAAACAGGGUGUAAAUAAUAAUGAAGAAGGGGACAAAGCAGUGAAGUAUAGCGAACUCAGCAAUCGUGAUGAAGCGAGAGGCCUGCAGAGGUUGGUCAACGAAUUCAAUGCAAAGAUCAAAAGCGAGGUUCACCGGCUUCAAUCGACGAUAAGUGGCAGCUUGAUGCACACAGAUACACAUUCUCCAAACCAACAAAAUUAUGAUCUUGGACCCAAACUCAUGACCACUUUCAAAACCGCCUACGAUGGUCUACAAAACGGUAAACUCAAACAGCAGCAAUUCGAAAAUGAUGUUGAAGCAAUACUGACAGCGGAAAUCGGCGGGAAUAAUUUUGCAGCUUCAGGUGAAGUUGAUCGAAUAGCUGAUCUUGCUUUAGGUAAGUUCACAAAAUAUGAUAAGCAGGUUAAUCAAGAUAACCUUAAGCUUGAUGACCCAGAACGGUUCAAUGGUGCGCUUCCGGAGAAAAUGACGGACAUUAAGACCCAGGUAGAACAAGCAUUGGGAAUGAUCGACGGCGAAAAAAAAUAUGCUGAAGAACAGUUGGCCAAAAUCACCUCCGCCCUUCAACAACUCUGCCGCGCCGUAAAAGCCUCCGGUGAAAACGCUCAGGGGAGUCUGAAACAAUUGAAGGAUACGUACUUCAAUACGUCUGAAUACGCUAAAAACGGCAUUAGAAUAAUUCAGUAUCAGCUUACCAAUCUGCAAGAAGAUGACUUGGGUAAAGCCAUCAAGGAAGCCAAUCAGUUCCUCACCGAUGCUGCUAAGAUACGCGAUCACACGACUGCAUCCCUAAAAAUCGACGUCGACGGUCAAGUCAAAGAAGUCAGAAGGCAACUCACCUCCGAGCUCGAGAAGCAGUACAUCACCACCAUGGCGCUCCAACUUGACAACUUCGCCGACAGGGUCACCGCGCACCUCAAGGGGCUUCCCGAGGCGAUCGAAAAGGACAAGCACACUGGCUUCAAGGGAUUCAUGGAGGCGUUCGAGGGGAAGCCGGAAGUUAAGCCGAGGGACAAGUAUGCUUUCGAAGCGCCCAAAGUUGAACUGAGUAAACUGGAUGCAUUUAGAUCAGCUGUCACUAGGAUACUGGCGUCGAAGAAAGAUCAAUUUAAAACGCUGUCUGAAGAAUUCAAGAAAUUGUACAUUAACCUCCACCUAUAUGUCAACAAGGAGACCGUCAGGGUGAACGAUGAAGAGAACAGCAAGAAGCACCCGGCUGGGACAGAGAUACAUGACUACCAACGCAGGCUCUUAGCAAUGUAUGACCGCUUCAAUGAGUUGAUGUCGCACAUCACUAACGCAAACAGGUAUGAUCAUCAGAUACCAGGCCUGCUCGAUGGGCUGUUGGAGGCGCUCCAUGACCUCAAGCCUGACGGCUUCGCUCAACCCAGUACGCCGGUUAUAGAUUGUGUCUCCAGCGGUUUAACGAACUUCAUCGGUGAGCUGAGUAGAGUUUACAUAUCCGCGUAUGACAGGCAGAAGUUUGGUGAGUUGGUGAAAAAUCCUAACACCGAAUAUUCUGUGUUGACUAAAGAAGGACGUGACUGCGCCAAAACGUUCCUGACUUUACUGGCGAUUCUAAAUGACGACCUGAGCUAUUUUAGAGAUCAAUGCAAUUCAGAAUGGUCGAAGCGUAAACUGUAUUCCGGUAGCAGUCUUGGUUCAUUUUUGCGAAGGUGCGGUUACCGUGUUGCCAUCAAAGAGACAGAUCAGAACGGUGAGCUGCAGAACAAAACUGGUUUCACCGGGUCAUCAAUUUAUGGAAAGUUAGUCGGAGAAAAUUAUGAUCACGUCUACCGCAAUGAUAAGGACACCAAAUUUGCACUUGAAAAUAUGUAUGCGUACCUCACCCUUUAUUACGAUGUCUGCCACAUCGCCGCUUCCUUGUCGACUCGGCGACCGUGUUCCAUCUCGGAAAUUCUGAUUUGGCUCACGAGUCUCCGUCAUAGUCCCGUAUAUUUCAACUUGAUAACAGACAGUUUCGGUGAGUUGUUCGAUAAGCGUGAGAAGAAGAGGGCUGCUGUUGCUGACGACGAUUUCAUUGAAAUCGAAGACCUCACUGAACUAUCCUUGGCAGCCUACCCACAGAAAGUAAUGCAUAGUGAUCUAUCCGACGCCCUUGUACAUGUGAUAGGUACAGCGCCAAUGAUCCUGACAACCAUCGUGGGCUACGGUGAUGAGUUCACAACCUACGCCGUUGACUACCACAGUAACGCCGCUGGAUUUGCCAUCCCCUCAUCGGCUUCUUCAUGUCUCAACAUGUUGUUCGAGUUGAUGCGUCGACUGUUCCCCGUGUUCAGAUUCUUGCACAGCCGCUGUAGCAACCUGGCAUCGGAGUACGGUUGGUAUCAUUGCGCCUAUGGAAGUGACGUCGAGUCCGCCGGUUGGCAGUGUAAGGAUCACUCGAAAACUGAUGUCGACUGCCUUCCCAGAUCGCCGCUCAUGUCGUACCUCCGUGACACCCUCCCCGGCCAUUUGCCUCACCAACUGACCAGCGUUGACUGCAAAUCGGAAUGUAAUACGUGCCCCAAAUCGACACCCGGGAUGCCAUGUAUCACGCCACUCGGCUUCAAGGGUUUCUCGGGAAGCAAAAGGACGGGUAAAGACAUAAGCAACGUGCUGACCAAAUUCUUCGACAAAGGCGUCGCUUCAUGCCUGCUUUCCCUGUCGCCCAGACCGCCGAGCAGCUUGCCGGAACACUAUGCCUUUGCGUUGUCCUUUGUGAAAGGAUGGUCGCAUAGUGGCGGUAAUGGACUGAAACAGAAGAUUGAAUCGACAAUGCAAACAGCAUCUAUCGAUCUGUAUUCCGAUGCGUCUCCACUCACAGGUGCGCUACGCAAUGCGUACGGUGAAGCACGGACUACUCAUGUGACUACCAGUCAUCCCGAACCUAAAAACGCUGAUGUAUCAAGCCUAUCAAUUAGUGUCAGAUGCAACGGUGCAAAUCACUGCGGGCCUUAUUUGUCCACUCUUUACUCGGACACAUAUCCGUACUUCGGCAACAAACACUGCAACGCGUACAUGUCCUGGUCCGUUUAUUUGCCGUGGACGUUUUGGCAGCAACUAAACAGUUUGUAUAACGCAUUCGUACAGAUAUUCUGCCAAGACUGGGGAUGCACUGGCUGCUUGAGAGGAGACACUUGCAAAAAAGGGGCGCACGGUAUGCUCAACCCAGAUGUCCCUGGCGACGGAUGCAAAUGCCCAUCGAUUGUUGGAUGCAAGGGAGUUGGUCCUACAUUAUACCAAUAUGGUUUCACGUUCCAAGAUGUACAUUGUCUGAUAUCCAACCAGACGAAAUGCUUCAACCUGCGCCAGCAGUUGUUUAGUGUCCUUAACUCUCAGUACUUCAAAGACCUAUUUAAGGAAUGUGACAACUUCAUUUGGACCAUCAGAGAACCCUUCUCCUACGUUGUCCUCGCACUCUGGUCACUUUCCCUCUUUUACCUCAUCUGCGUAAUGGUCGGCAGACUGGAUGUGCUCCACAUCAAAUCGCACCUGAGGAUACCGUCGUCGCACAAGAUUACAGCGCAAUCAUUGUUGGCUGCAGCGCAAGUCGGAAGGCUUGCCAAGAUAUCGUAUCUACAACCGUAA